CAUCUGACAGUGAAGGUGAAAACGGUAGGGAAAGAUUUAUUUUCUUGUAAUUCAAAAGUCUUUUACAAAUUUGCUUUUCAAUAAUUCGGUUAAUUAUAAAAAUUUAUUCAAAAAAUCAAAACAGGUUUUAAAGAACGUAUAAAGUUUAGGAGAAAGUGCCUGUUAAAAAAGUAUAUCAUACAUAAAUUUUUAGAAAACAUGAUUGUUACAACGGUAUUAAUCGGAUUGGUGAUAACAUUGGCCACUUUCCUGCUAUGGUACUUUUACAACAUUUUCCAAUAUUGGAAAAAUCGAGGGGUGCCAUAUUUAAAACCACUAUUUAUACCUUUCGGAAACACGCUCGAUCUAUACAUGGGAAAAAUUACAUUCGGAGAGGUGUUCUCCAACGCCUAUCUGGAAUUCAAACGAAGAGGUGAAAAACACGGGGGCAUUUUUUACAUGAACACCCCCGUUUACAUACCCGUAGACCCAGAUAUCAUCAAAAAAAUCGUCAUUAGCGAUGCUCACUACUUCCCUAAUCACGCCAUGUAUGUAAAUCCGAAAGAAGAUAUUUUAUCCGGACACCUUUUCAAUUUGGAAGACGCACGUUGGAGGGAACUCAGAGUAAAAACCCCAUCAAUAUUUACCACUUCCAAGAUGAAGAAAAUGUUUGUAAUUAUGAAGAACAUGGUGGAUCCUUUCAAACUAUGGCUGGACAAUUUCGCGGAAACAGGCGAGCCCGCCGAAAUAAAAAGCGUCCUCAGUCGUUUUACCACUGACAUAAUAUCUGCUUGUGCUUUCGGAAUCGAAACGAAAACAUUGCAAAAAGAAAACGAGGAAUUACUCCACCACGGUCGCCAGUUCUUCGAUUCCCAAUGGAAACUGUUCAACAACACCUGGGUUGUUACGGUACCGAGGGAAAUCCUGAAGAAACUGAAAUUCCGAAUCUUCCCGAAAAGCACGGAGGAAUUCAUCGUUAACAUGUUCACGAAAAUCUACCGUUACAGGAAGGAGAAUAACAUCAACAGGAACGACCUGACCGAUACUCUGAUGAGGCUCACCGAACGCAGAGACGACGAAUUGGACUACACCGGUAAAAAAGCCAUAGAGCCGAUGGAUUUGAACGAGUUUUCGGCCCAGAUGUAUCUAUUUUUCUGCGCCGGUUUCGAAACCUCGUCUUCGACGUUAUCGUUCGCUUUAUACGAACUGAGCAAAAAUCCUGAUUGUCAAGAUAAAUUGCGACAAGAAAUCCAAAAAACUAUGGCUAAACACGACAAUAAUCUAACGUACGAAGCUGUUAUGGAAAUGAAGUAUUUAGAACAUGUCGUAGAUGAAACACUGCGGAUGUAUCCAAUUUUUCCUAUAGUAGCGAGAGAAUGCAAACAAGACUACCCAAUACCGGGUACUGACUUUACUUUGGAAAAAGGUACGUUCGUUAUGGUGACGAACAUGGGAAUCCAGAGAGACCCGGAAUACUAUCCAGACCCUCUGCAAUUCGACCCCGAGCGUUGGACGUACGAAAACAGCCUGGGUAGACCUUUCGUUGCCAAUCUUCCCUUCGGAGAAGGACCAAGAAUUUGUGUCGGAAAACGAUUCGGCUUACUCCAAACUAAGCUGGGACUUAUAACAGUCAUCAAGGACUACAAAGUAUCGCUAAGUGACAAAACCACUCAAGGGUUCCAAUUUGUUUCGCACCAGUUAAUAUUGAGAAAAAAGGGAGAUGUUUGGCUUCAGAUUCAAAAAAUCAACGAAUAA